AUGGCACACAUUCAAGCAGAUGCCGGCCCUGGUGCCCGCUUCCUUUACAAGAUUGUCAAGAACGAUGCCAUGAAGCAGGAUCCUCCCCAGAUCUAUGGCUGGAGAGCUUUCAUGAUGGCUUGCUCCGCCUGUUUCGGCGGUAUGCUUUUCGGUUUUGAUAUCGGUACCAUUGGUGGCGUCCUCACACUACCGGCAUUCGAGGAGAAGUACGGGUUGAAAAAGUUGAACGCUGUUGGCGUGGCGAACUUGUCUGCCAACAUUGCCUCAACUCUCCAAGCUGGAUGUUUCCUUGGUUGCUUCUUGGCCCAUUAUGUCGCCGACAAAUGGGGACGUAAAUUCGCUCUGCAGUUCAACGGUUUCAUCACGGUCAUUGGCUGUAUCAUUCAAGCCGCUGCCAUGGGUAGUCUCGCUGCCAUGUACAUUGGCCGUUUCGUCGCUGGCGUUGGUGUUGGCGGUGCCUCCAUGGUCGUCCCCCUCUACAUCUCUGAAAAUGCUCCUCGUGCCAUCCGCGGCGGUUUGACUGGUAUCUAUCAGCUCUUCAUUGCCACCGGUACCAUGUUGGCCUUCUGGGUUAACUACGGAUCCAUCAUGCACAUCAAGGGCCCUGCCACAUACAUUGUUCCCCUUGCCCUCCAGGCCUUGCCUGCUAUCCUGCUCAUGGGAUGCAUGGCCUUGAACAAGGAGUCCCCACGUUUCCUCGCAAAGGCCGACAAAUGGGAAGAGGCAACCGCUGUCCUUGCCCGCAUCCGAAAUCUCCCAAUUGACCACCCCUAUGUCCAGGCUGAGAUCAACGAUAUCUCGGUGCAGCUUGAGCACGAGCGCAUGCUCAUUGGUGGUGCCAAGACGAAGGAUCUCCUGCGGGAGAUGUUCACCAUUCCAGGAAACAGGAAACGAGCUUUCAUCUCCAUCGGACUCAUGAUCUGCCAGCAGAUGACCGGAACCAACGCCAUCAAUUACUACGCACCUCAGAUCUUCAAGAAUUUGGGUCUGCAAGGAAACACGACCAAGCUCUUUGCCACUGGUAUCUACGGAGUCGUCAAGAUGGUCACUUGCGCUGCUUUCCUCCUCUUCGCUGCCGAUUCGCUUGGCCGCCGUCGCUCGCUGCUUUGGACCUCCAUUGCUCAGGGUUCCGCCAUGAUGUACAUUGGUCUCUACGUCCGCAUCAGCCCACCUCUCCCAAAUCAGGAUGUGCCCCCGGCCGGAUACUUCGCCCUCGUCUGCAUCUUCUUGUUCGCCGGUUUCUUCCAGUUCGGUUGGGGACCCGUUUGCUGGAUUUACGUUAGUGAGAUCCCCACUGCGCGUCUCAGGUCCCUUAACGUCUCCAUCGCUGCUGCGACCCAAUGGCUCUUCAACUUCGUCGUUGCACGUGCCACUCCCAAUAUGAUGGCCACCGUCGGAUCCCACGGAUACGGUGCCUUCAUCAUCUACUCCUCCUUCUGCUACGCCAUGUUCUUCUUCGUCUGGUUCCUCAUCCCCGAGACCAAGGGUCUCUCCCUCGAGAAGAUGGACGACCUCUUCGGCGUCACGGAGCUGGUCAAGAACCUCGAGAACGACCGCGAGGCCCACGGCUCCGUCACCGAGGUCAACCUCGACGGCAAGGAGGUCGCCAGGGAGGAGCGCCAGGAAGUCGUUCCCGACAGCCCCAAGAGAUAA